CGCUACACACACACACACAAACGCGCGCGCACGUAGGCAAUCACGCGCAGGCACGUUUGGUGUUGGGGGGGCGGGGGAGCGCGCGCUGCCGAGCUGAAGAGGGGUUCCUAAUCAAAGCGCAUCAGGGCCGUUCAUUCUCCACUGGAGGGCGAGUGGUACAAGAGCACCGGGACACUCCGGCAGCACGGAGACAGAGCACACAGUCUGAGGGAGACGGGAUAGAGCAGCAGCAGCAGCUGUAAGACACACAGGCAGAGACACAGACAGACAGAGACACAGAGAGAAAAUCCCGACCCGGACUCUGCAAAGCAUCAUUUCUUUCCGCCGUCGGAUUAAACCCGUCCCCGUCUCCAACACCGAAAUCACGCCAAGACAUGAGCUUCUCCCACUGAACAUUAUUGAUGCUGAACUGAGUGGUCCAGUGCUGUCCUCCAGUGUUUCCCCUCCCCUCAGUUUUCUGUCCCUCUGUCUGUCACCUGGUUUGUGAGCAGCCAUGACAAAGUCCUACGAGUUCAACUGGCAGAAGCACCUGCCUGAGUUCAUGCAGGAAGGCGCCUCCUUCGACAGGUUUGAUGAGGACCCGUACAUCUUUGAACCCAACUGUCAGAUGAGGGUGGACGAGUACGGCUUUUUCAUCACCUGGAAGAGUGAGGGAAAGGAAGGCCAGGUUCUCGAGUGUUCGCUCAUCAACAGUAUUCGUGUUGGUGCCGUCCCAAAGGACCCAAAGAUCUUGUCAUCAUUUGAGGCCAUUGGAAAGACAGAGGCAGACUUGGAGGGCUGUAUCAUCUGCAUCUGCAGUGGCACAGACCUGGUCAACCUGAACUUCAUGUUCAUGGUGGCAGAGAACCCAGACACAGCCAGGAAAUGGAUCGAGGGUUUGAGGUCAGUGAUUCACAACUUUAAGGCCAACAACGUCUGUCCAAUGACCUGCCUCAAGAAACAUUGGAUGAGAAUGUGCUUCCUGACCAACGUGAAUGGGAAGAUUCCUGUGAGAGGCAUUACACGCACAUUUGCAUCAGGGAAGACGGAGAAGGGGAUUUUUCAGGCUCUGAAGGAUCUGGGCCUUCCCAGUGGAAAGAACGACGAGAUCGAACCGUCAGAUUUCACCUUUGACAUUUUCUACGCACUCACACAGAAGAUCUGUCCUCGCACAGACAUAGAGGAACUCUUCAAGAAAAUCAAUGGGAACAAAACUGAUUAUUUAACUGUAGACCAGUUAGUCAGCUUUCUGAAUGAAAACCAGCGUGACCCAAGGUUAAAUGAGAUUCUGUUCCCGUUCUACGACCCUAAGAGAGCCAUGCAGAUCAUCGAGAAAUAUGAGAGAGAUGAUGAGCUGAAGAAGAAAGGUCACAUGUCCAGUGAUGGCUUCUGCCGGUACCUGAUGUCAGAUGAAAAUGCCCCAGUUUUCUUGGACCGGCUGGAGCUGUACCAGGAAAUGGACCAGCCACUGGCCCACUACUUCAUCAGCUCCUCCCACAACACUUACCUGACAGGCCGACAGUUUGGAGGGAAGUCCUCGGUAGAGAUGUACCGUCAGGUUCUACUGUCUGGAUGCAGAUGUGUGGAGCUGGACUGCUGGGAUGGGAAAGGAGAGGACCAGGAGCCUAUCAUCACUCACGGCAAGGCUAUGUGCACAGACAUCCUGUUUAAGGAUGUCAUCCAAGCCAUCAAGGAGACGGCAUUUGUCACUUCAGAGUAUCCUGUUAUUUUGUCCUUCGAAAAUCAUUGCAGUAAACCACAGCAGUACAAGAUGGCUAAAUACUGUGAGGAGAUCUUUGGCGACCUCCUCCUCAAACAGCCUCUGGAGAACUAUCCGAUUGAAGCUGGCCGCCCUUUACCCUCUCCAAACGACCUCAAACGUAAAAUCCUAAUCAAAAACAAACGCUUGAAACCUGAAGUGGAACAGAAGCAGCUAGAGGCCUUUAAGAAACACAUGGAGGCAGGAGAGACCAACACCCCUGCCAUCAUUAUGGGAGAGGAGAAUGAGGAUGACACAGAGAAUGGAGAAAAAGAGGCUGAGGAUAAAGAUUUGAAUUCAGAGGCCCCCAGUCUGUCAGAGGCAACCAGUGAGAAAGAGGCCAACAGUGUUUCUCAGAGUAACACUGUCAGCUCGAGGAAAGAAGAGGAACGCAGCAACAGUAUCAAGAAGGUGCCUGAUGAUGAAGUGACAGAGAUUUCAGAAGCCACAGAAGCAACAGAUGCCACAGAUAUCUCUGAAGCAUCUGACCAAGACAAUAACAAGAAGGGUGGGGAUGUGGCAGAAGACUCUGAAGAGGCUCUGAUAGCUCAGUACACCUACGUAGGAGCCACCACUAACAUCCACCCAUAUCUCUCAGCCAUGGUCAACUACGCACAGCCUGUCAAGUUCCAGAGUUUUGAUGUAGCAGAAGAGAGGAACAUCCACCACAACAUGUCAUCCUUUAACGAGUCUGUGGGCCUGGGUUACCUGAAGACUAACGCCAUAGAGUUUGUCAACUACAACAAGCGUCAGAUGAGCCGUAUCUACCCCAAAGGGGGCCGGGUGGACUCCAGUAAUUACAUGCCUCAGAUCUUCUGGAACGCAGGCUGCCAGAUGGUCUCACUCAACUUCCAGACCCCAGACUUGGCCAUGCAGUUGAACCAGGGCAAGUUUGAGUACAACGGCUCCUGCGGGUACCUGCUUAAGCCCGACUUCAUGCGGCGGUCAGACAGGAUGUUUGACCCUUUCUCAGAGACCCCAGUGGAUGGUGUCAUUGCUGCAACCUGCAGUGUACAGGUGUUCUCUGGACAGUUCCUGUCAGACAAGAAAAUCGGCACAUACGUUGAAGUUGACAUGUACGGGCUGCCGACGGACACCAUCCGAAAGGAGUUUCGCACACGAAUGGUGAUGAACAAUGGACUGAACCCUGCGUACAACGAGGAGCCCUUCGUCUUUAGAAAGGUGAUCUUACCGGAUCUGGCAGUACUGCGCAUCGCAGUCUACGACGACAACAACAAGCUGAUUGGCCAGCGCAUCCUGCCUCUGGACGGCCUGCAGGCUGGCUACCGUCACAUCUCUUUGAGGAACGAGGGCAACAAACCCCUGUCGUUGCCCACCAUCUUCUGCCAAAUCAUCCUCAAGACCUACGUGCCCGACGGCUUCGGAGCAAUUGUGGAUGCUCUAUCGGACCCAAAGAAGUUCUUGACCAUAGCAGAGAAGAGAGCUGAUCAGAUGAAGGCGCUUGGGAUUGACACGAACGACAUCGCAGACGUUCCCAGUGGAAGCUCAAAGAAUGACAAGAAAGGAAAAGGUAAAGGAGACACUGUGAAGGCCAGUGUGACACCACAGGCCAGCUCAGACAUGGCCCAGACCUCCAAUGCUUCCCAGAAUAACACAGCAGAAACCAAGAAAGAUACUGCACUUGUGCCUAAUGUCAGCAUUGAGGACUUAAAACAAAUGAAGACGUACCUUAAAUUGAUUAAAAAGCAACAGAAGGAGCUCAGCGCUUUAAAGAAGAAACACUUGAAGGAUCAAAAUAUAAUGCAGAAAGCCCACUGUACUCAGGUGGAAAAGAUGGUGUCUCUGCAUGAUAAGGAGAAGAUCACCCUGGAGAAACUACUGGAGAAAGCCAUCAAGAAACGCGGGGAAAACAAUUGCCAAGAGCUGAAGAAGGAGACAGAAGAUAAAAUACAAACACUAGUCACUGAUCACAAAGCCAAGGUAAAGGACAUCACAGCACAGCACACUAAAGAAUGGUCAGAGCUGAGCAGCAGUCACGGCAAUGAGGAGCAGGAGAUGAAAGACAGCCACGUCACACAGCAGUGUGAACACCUCAAGAAACUCCUGGCCACUGUCCAGGAGCAGCAGACCAUGCAGCUCAAACUCAUCCAUGAACGGCAAAGCAAAGAGAUGCGCGCCAACCAGGCCAAGAUGUCCAUGGAAAACAGUAAAGCCAUCAGCCAGGACAAGACCAUCAAAAACAAGGCUGAGAGAGAGAGGAGAGUGCGAGAGUUAAACAGCAGCAACACCAAGAAGUUUCUAGAUGAAAGGAAGAGGCUGGCUAUGAAGCAUCAGAAGGAAAUGGAGCAGCUACAGAAAAACCAGAGAGAACAGUUGGAGAAACUGGAGAAGUUCAAUGAGCAGGCCAAGGACAUGCAGCAGAUGGUGAAGCUGGAGGAGGAGAUGGACCGCAGACCUGCCACGGUGGUGUGAGCGACUGAGACUGAGACACAAACACACACACACACACUCAAUAAACAUACACACACGCAGGUGCAGAAACACUCCACCAUGGAUAGCCCUCUAUAAGCCAGAGACAAAAACCCUACCCACAUCACUGUCUCUGUACUUUUCUGACAAGUUCACACACAAACACACAGUAGACCUCCUCACCAUUUUUUUCUUCUGUUCAUUCACCUGUACUCCCUGUCUUCUACACUCUUACCCCACCCACUAACUUUAUACCACUGAGCCAUUGGUGCUUAUCACUUUUUGACAGAGGGUUUAACCACUUAUCGAGUAAGGAAAUGUUACCUCGGAGAUGACGUGACAGUCAGACGCAUCCCCUCCUCCACUGUAUGUAGAUCUAAAUUUUCUAUCACCCUCACUGUUCUCUGCAAUCUACUGGCAACACAGCUGCAGCUAAUGGUGGACACACACACACACAAACACAUUCACUCACGGGUCGGAUGAAAUGGACAUCCGUUCCCUUUUUGACUCAUUUGUUUUUUUGUUUGUUUUUUUGUUUUUUUUUUUUUUUUUAAAUCGGUACCCGAUUAACCACUCCAGAAACAGCGUGGAUGAGGGGAGAAGAAUAUGUAUAAGAUUUGUCAUUUCAGCACAAAUGAAUAAACUUUGUGAAGAACACUGUACGCUACACACUAGUCCUGUCCUGAGCACUUUGUAUGUAAUAGGCCAUCAUAACAAUGUGGAAAAUGUAGCAGUGCACUACUAGAACUACUAGUUUUCUGUAUUUCAGUAAGAAUGUAUUUAAAAAAAAAAAAACACUGUAUGAAGGAGAAGCAAACCCCCAGUGUCACUUAAUCCUACAAUGCAAGCUGUUUGACUUCACAAAAGAUGUAUUAUUGACUUUUUUGUUGUUCAACAAUGUUACAGCUGACUAUAAAAAUGCUUAAUUGUUGAGAAAGAAGACUAUACAGGGAUCACAAGGGGAUACUGUUCACUUUUGAUUAUGACAGCCGAUAUCUGUCAAAUGUAAUUACUAUGAGAUACCCAAGAGAUGGUGUAAUAGCUGUGUCCUUAAAUUUUUUUUUUUUUUAAUGCAAUGCUCAACUUCCACAAGCUGCAAAACUCUUUAAUACAACAAUCUAAACUCUAAAUUUGGGGCUCAAAGUCAUGUAAACUAUGCAAAAAAAAAAGAAGAACAAGUUAUAGCUACAAACUGAGGAAUUAUCAGACUAGUUACAACACCCAGUUGAAAUUAUGAUGAUAUAAUGAGCUGGACAUCAACUAGUAAGUAUAAGGUUAAGUAUGAUUACAAUACGAUUCUUUGCAUUGAGGGGUUUUGCACUUAAACUCAGAGAGCUGUCAAGCCAAGGCUGUAAUACACUGCUAACAAAAUGAAUCCAUACUUGGCAGCACAUUAAUUCUGCUGUAUUAGAUUCUUUUAAUUGAGUGACCCUUCACCAUCAGACAAAAACUUUAGUCGACACAAGUCAGCACCAUCUCGUCUCAUCAGUGUCCUACUCAUUAAGGCAUUGUUGAAGUGAAGUGCUCCCUCAAUAGCUUCUUAACUGCACCUUAGCAACCUCAGCUAGUAAUCCUCACCUUUCCCCUUGCCUUUGGUCGGGGGAGAUCAGACAAAAUUAUUACAGAUCUGUAACAAAGCCUGUGACAUGGCUGCCACACACACUAUCUACACUGGGGAUUUCAGACAAGGCCUGUAUCCCUCUGUGUCCCAGAAUGGUUCCCCUUUAAUGUAGCAGUUUGUGAGACUACAGAAGGUUUAAGGAAGCACUACCAUUGUUAACACAGGUGAUGCUGCUGGACAAAAAGCCUCUGCAGAGGGAGAAAUGUGACAUAGAAGUACUAUUAUAAAGUAAUGCUGUGGGUACUGUAGUAUUGUGCACAUAUGAUCAUGCCAGGCAUUGACAUUGCAUGGCCUAACACUAACAAAGACAACCAAAAUGACAAACAUCAUACUAUGAUAUGAAAACACACAAGAACGUCAGCAUAAAAGAACCACUAGGUAUUUUGGCCUUUUUAAAGAUUUUUUUUUCCUGUUGUUUUAUUCUGCUGUAAUUCACUUAAAGGGUAGACGGGAUGUUCUUGUAUAUACUGGAAUGUAUGUAGUUAAUUUUACUUUUUGACCAGUUGUGUUCUGUCAUUCAAGGGCUUGGGGAUAGAGUGGGUCUGUUGGAAACUGGGGAAGGACAUUUAUCAACCACUGGGUUUUCUUGUUUGUUUUUGUUUCUGUUUUCCAGUCUGCCCUUACUGCACCACACAACACAGUAUAAAACUCUCACCACAUAUCUAGUGCAGAGAUAAACGAGUAAAAAGUGCUUUUAAAUUUUAUUCCAUUGCUUUCAAAUGUGCCACUCAGUGUCUGUUAGGACGUUUAAAUUAUUUUAUGAAUGAUAAAAAUGCCAAAUUAAGGGGUUAUUUAUAUGAAGAUAUAUAUAUAUAUAAAUAAAUGAAUAUAUAUAUUAUAUAUAUUAGAUAUAAUGUGUAGUUUAAGAUAAUUAUGUUUGUUAGAGGCUUUUUUGCACUAGUUGAAUGUUUAUGUUGUGUGAUUACAUGUAACCUUCGGCUCUAGUUUGUCUAAAAAGCAGAUUAUUUUUGCAGAGCGAUGUCACCGAUUUGAGUUCCUCAGUUUCUACUGUAUCUCCUCUUUGUUUUCUAUUUGAACUGUAGCUUGUCAACAAACCAUUCUGUGCGUGUUUUUGUAUUUACAUUGUAUUGUUGAACUUAUAGCAAUGAAAAUACUGUUGUUAUCCAGCUCCUUUAAUACUGUUUUAUAGUAUGUGUACCAAUAAAUCCAGGUGUAAAAUGGGACAUAA